AAAGAAGGUGGAUGUGGUGAGCCAUGUAUAGGAACUUGCUUUGUAUUACAUGUGAUGACUGCAGGCAUGUUUUUUGUUUUUUUUCUCUUUCUUUUUUUUUUAAAAAAAAAAAGAAUUGGAGAAAGAAAAAGUAGCAACUACUCUUCCUAGUAUAAUAAUAGUACUAGUACAGUAAUAGCAUUUAUUCCUUUUUCCGGUGGGAGAAAACAGCACAGAUAGCAUCAAAACUCAGCAGAUGUAUGGAUCCAUCUUUCAUUAUCCAAACCAAAAGGUAUCUCCAGUCUAGAGAGCUAUAGUAUACUGCAGUAGCAUAUAGGUUUUCCAUAUAUUCGGUGUAAAGCUUCUAGAGCACCGGUUUUGAAGAGGAUGCUAAGUUUCUCAAAGAAAGGUGGCCCUGGAAAAGAAGGUCAAUCUUUUGCUCCUUUGUUUGUGAGUUGCUCAUCUAUGUGGAAUUCCAGCGACAAAGCAGAAUAUGCUCCCUCUAAGAAGGUGCUGACCGGAGUGGAAUCUGCAUUGGAACAUCACUCCGACAUCAAGAAAUCAGAAUGCCAGUUCCAAGAUCAGGAUUCAACGUCUACUCUGUCAACUGGUCAAUCUAAUCAUGUGGAGGCCGCAAUGGGAAAAAGCAAUACUGUUCUUCAAAAUGUUGCAGUUCAUCCAGGUUGGGGUGGAACUUAUGAGGUGCAAGCAGAGAGUGGAACAAACGCAUCCCGAUCAGGCGAAAGUGACACCAACACUCUCCCCCAGCCACAAGUGAAUCAUAAUCAUCCAAUGGCUUGCGUAUCCUACCCUUUCGCUGACACUUACUUUGGAAGGCUCGUGACUGCUUAUGGAUCAAAUGCCAUCAUUUAUCCUCAAAUGGUUGGUGUCACCUCUACUAGAGUUGCACUUCCUCUUGAAUGCACCGAGAGCUUGCCCAUUUAUGUGAAUGCGAAACAAUACAGUGCUAUUCUCAAAAGGCGACAGGUCCGUGCCAAGCUAGAGGCUCAAAAUAAGCUUGUCAAAGACAGAAAGCCAUAUCUUCACGAGUCUCGACAUCGUCAUGCAAUGAAGAGAGCUAGGGGUUCUGGAGGACGCUUUUUGAACACAAAGAAUAUGCAGGAAUCCAAGCCUUCAUCUCCAAUGCACGACAGAAAUAUCUUUAAGCGACAGGCAGGUGGCAACUUAUCUAGUUCCAUGGUUCAGCACUCAGAGAGUGGUAGUUGGGGGACUUCCACCCAAUCUGGUUCUGAUGUGACAAGUAUCUUCAGUGGUGACAACAUGUUCCAGCAACCAGAGUUCAGAGUCUCUGGCUUCCCUUUUCACAUUCAGGAAGCUGAAGACUUCCUGCAUGUUGGAACCUGACAGCACACUUGUGUUAUCCAUGGUGGCGGUGCCAAUACAGGCUGCAUUACAAAUGCAUUCUUAUUGGUGCACACAAAUGGAUAAUCGGCAGUUCAUCCUUGGCUAUGUUACUCUUCCUUUUCCUGAAUUGAAAUCAUGAACACUUUUCCUAAAGCUUUAGUUGUGUUAUGGUAUAUGUUUCAUAGUUAAAUGAGAAAGAGCGCAGGUUGGUGCCGCACGUGAUCAAGAAGGGCAAGGAAAAGAGAAAAAUAUAUUGGUCUUAAUGAGAAACAGUGGAGAUUAAGGCUGUAAAAGAAUUCUCCUUUUCUUGGUCGAGCGUGUGUGUAUCAUCUUGCACUUCUAAGUCUGUACUUGUUAGUGUCAUUUGCAUUUGUGGUUUUCAUUUCUGUGCUAUGUAUUGUAUCACUGUUAAUAUGUUUAACUCAGGCUUUGUGCAACAAAAUGAACUUGUUGAAUCA